AUGGAAUCUUCCAAUGGCGCUAGCGAAAGGAUGAAUGAGGGGGCGCCUAAGAUGCAAUCAUCCUCAUCUGGUCCAAGCAAGAAUCACAGAAGAGUCCAAUCUGACGAGCAGUUGGGAGCAUCAGCAUCAGCAUCAGAUCGCAACAAUAACAAUUCAUCAUCUUCUGAAUAUGGCAUCCCACCAGCACCGUUUCCAACUCAAAUUUCUUAUGCGUCUCCCAACCACAACGGUAUGAACACUCCCACCAGUAAUACGGCUCCUAAUAUGGAUUCACAAGCAUCAUAUGACAGUCAUACUCGAUCGCAAAGCUGGGCCAUGGGAGGAAACGGACUUCAGUAUCCUCCUUAUCCAACUAUGGGCUUUCAACCUUCACAAGGCAUGCAAUUCCCAACGCAACAACCUCCGAACCUUUCUCCAAUGUAUGUUGGGAGUCCUUACAACCAAACAAUGAUGGAUCCGUCUCAGAUGGCUGCCUUCCAACAACAAAUGGAUCCCAACCUUGCCAUGCGAUAUCAAAAUCCACCUUCCUUCUUUCAACAACAACCUCAACAAGCACUGCAUAACCAACAUCGAGGACAUAAACGGGCCCAUUCCUUCAGUGGUGCACCUUCCUAUGGAUCUAUGGAUGCGCCAAGUGCUCCAGUUCCUCCCCCACGUCAUAAGCGAAGCGGAAGUAGUAGCAGCCAACGUGACUUUUCACCACGACAUGAAAUCAUGGGCUUGGCGGGACGUCGGCCAUCAAUUGACAGCUCCUCGGUUGGAGGGGGGUCUUUUCAUGCACCUCCGUCACCCGGCGGGAGCAUCAAACAGGCGGGCUCCUUUACACUACCAUCUAAUGAUUUGCGUACACCAUACUCGGGAAGCAACAAUGGAUUCAUCAAUGGCGGUGGAAGUACCGAUGGGGCAGGCAGUGGUGGGGAAGCGGUAUUUUUGGCCAAAAAGCCAAAGGGCAGGAGCCACAUGCGACAACAGUCGGCGCAACUCUAUAUGGAAAACGUAAAGGGACAAGAACAGAUUCCAGCCUGUCGCGAUAUCCUGUUUCUCAUGCUUUUUGUCUUUCAUCUAUUGGGUAUCAUCUACCUUGGAAACAAAUAUGGUUAUGAAGCGGAACGUUAUCACAACGGCACGGAUGGAGAUGUCACCAUAUUCUACUCCAACAUCCUUUACCUGGUUUGCCUUUGCGGUGCUGUGGCGGUUGCAAUUUCUGCCUGCACUCUUUUCUUGUUCAUGGCAAUUGCCAAGAGAAUUGUUCAAGUGGCACUCUUUGUGGCCAUUACACUCAGUUUUGCUUGGGGUACAAUUGGUGUUGGAUUUAGUCCAAGCAUAUUGGUCCCUGCCAUUGGAUUUGUAGCUCUCUUGCUGACUGUGGCGUACACCUUUAUAGUUUGGGACCGGAUUCCGUUCGUAGCGGCCAAUUUAGACACGGCACUGAACGGCAUUCGAGCCAAUCUGGGGUUGCUACUUGUGGCAUUUUUCUUUCAAGCGCUAGGGUUGUUGUGGUCGGUCUACUUUGUCUUUGUCCUUGUGGGUGUCUACGAUUCCAUUCUGGUCGGUGACAUUACAUUCGAAAGCGUGAACAUGGACAAGGCCAAGAUUGCCAUAUACUCUGGCCUUGGGCUAUCGUACUACUGGACGAUUCAUGUUUUAAUGAAUAUUGUCCAAGCUACAGUUUCUGCUUUGAUAGGAAAGUGGUGGUAUACUCGCGAUGGCGAUACUUCUUCGCAGUGCUCGGAUUUAAGCUCCAGCGCUUUUCGAUCCAUGUUUUAUGGCAUUGGUUCCAUCUGCUACGGCAGUCUAUUUGUUGGUCCCGCUCGGAUGUUGCAUCAGCUCUCCGCAUUCUUCCGACCGAAUGGAGGAGGAUCUUCUUCUCUCCUUUGUUUGCAUGAAUGUUUAUUUUGCAUACAAAGUUGUUUAACUUCUUGUGUGGACAAUUUUUCCGAUCGCUACAGUCCCUGGUCGUUCACCUACAUUGGGUUGUAUGGUUAUGGACUGGUCGAUGCUGGACAAAAUGCGGCAGACUUGUUCGAGAAGCGAGGUUGGACCACGAUUGUCUCGGAUGAUUUGGCGGCCAACGUUUUGUUCAUGACAAGUCUAGUGAUUGGAGGAGUUACUGGCCUAUUUGCUGACUUGAUUGAGGGUACAGAAACGCUGACUCUGAGCACUAUGGGAAAACCAGGUUUGGUUUCCUUUGGUUUGGGAUUUGCCGUGGGUCUUGUGGCUUCGAGUUUACUGUUUGGCGUCAUUACCAGUGCGGUCAACAGCGUCAUUGUCUGCUUUGCCGCCAGUCCUGUGGACUUUGAACAGAACCACCCCACUCUCAGUCGUGAAAUGCGAUCUGCUUGGAGGGAAGUUUGGCCAGGUUGUAUGGAUGUCGUCGACAUGAGAGUUGCAGUCGCAAGUUAUCUGGAUCCUGCGAUGAGCGAACGGAAUCCCGAGCAGGCUCCGUUGAUGCCAUGA